AGCGGGGAAGCGUCUUAGCAUCUCAGCUAGCGGUUUUAGCGUACCACUGCAAGUAUUUUAUAAUAAUAAAAAGUUGCAUUUGGUGCGAAACUAAUAAUUUUAUAUGGAAAUAAUAAAAUAUGUAUAAUUGCUAGUUAGAGAGGUAUAACGUCAGUACAAUAAAGCUAACAUUUUUUUCACCAGCUAGCAUUAGCAACGUAACUGCAUAGCAUUGUUUGUCUAAUUAGCUAAUAGCGUGUAGUAUGCAGGUAGUGUGAGCACUAAUCCAGUGCAGGCUUCGAGGUGUUGAAGUUAGAAUUCGGUGAAAUGUUCACGGACGAAUCCCUCGAUAUUGUCAGUUUUCAGUCAUCGUGGAAAAAGUCGCAGCGACACACUCAGGACUCGAAAACGUGUCAGACCAUCCCAAUUCACACAGCUGAGGCUGAGACGCAGGUCAGAAGUGUGUUCAGCAUCAGCACGCAGACUGAUCCUCCAGAGAGCCUUGCUGAUCAGCUCACACUCAGCUCAGAUCUGACAGAUGACCCGCCCGGGCUGAGGGAUUUCCUGCACCGUAUAGAGGACAUGGUCAUCCAGGAGCUGGUGAAGAACUCAAAAAGCCAUGCUUUUGAUGGAUAUGAGGUGAACUGGAAUGAUCAGCUUGAGACGGUGUCAUGUUUAUUUAGUCUCGGGUACCCGGGAGCUCAGGACAGGGGGCUGCAGGUCACCAGUGUGUCCUGGAACUGCACUGGUUCUGUUAUAGCGUGUGCUUAUGGACGUGUCGAUGAUGGUGACUGGAGCAAUGAAAGGUCAUAUGUGUGCACGUGGAAUCUAGACCGUAGGAGAGUAAACCCAAAAAUGCCCGACCUCGUCAUGGAGACGACAACACCAGUCAUGAGUGUGUCCUUCCAUCCAUUGAGGCCAUCUCUGAUUGCAGGAGGGCUGUACAGUGGAGAAGUGAUGGUGUGGGAUACGAGUCACACUCAGGAUCCUGUUUUGGCUCAAACAGGGAUGUGUUCAGAUACACACAAAGAGCCAGUAUAUGAGGUGAAGUGGGUCCCAGGGCCUCGUCGAGGAGAGAUGGCAGUUGUAAGUGCAUGUUCAGGAGGCCGAAUUCUGCGAUGGAGUGUAGGUGAAGCAGAAGGUAAACUGACCCUAACUGCUGGAUUUGCUCUCGUCAGGCAGCAGCUCCCCCUGAGCAAAUCAGCCAGCAGAGUAAGAGGUGACACGGCUGUAGGUGUGACCUCUCUGGCGCUCUCAACCUGGGACACGGACAUGUUCCUGGUGGGCACAGAGGGGGGUCUGGUGCUCAAGUGUUCCUUCAGCAGUCAGACAGUGGCAGCUGUGCCCCCUAAUGGUGAGAGUGUAACACUACAUGCUCCUGCACAGUUUUCCUUCUCUCAACGAGCCGGUCCGGUCCAGUCGCUCCACUUCUCGCCCUUCCACAGGAACCUGUUUGUAAGUGUGGGGACAGAUGGCUUGGCAAAUGUCCACAGUGUCCUGCAGCCUGGUCCCCUGAUGUCCCUGCGUGUUUCUGACUCGUAUGUGUUUGGAGUGCGGUGGUCACCUGUUCGGCCCCUAGUGUUCGUUGCAGUCACUGGGCAAGGUGUGUUGCAGGUGUUUGAUUUGGGUCAGAAGUGCCUCAGACCCGUGGCCAGCAUUGAGCAGGACACCGGGGGUCAGUGCGCUCUGUGUGUGGAGUUCAACCAGCAGCAGCUCCUGGCAGUGGGGAACGCAGACGGUACGGUUAAGAUCUGGCAGCUGAGUGCCGAGUUCACAGAGCAGCGGGUCAGAGAGAGCGCCGUGCUGCAACAGCUUGUCGAUGAUGCAUCCGAGUGAGACACAAGACUGCAAGGUGGAAUCCAGAAUGGAGACAACAAUGCUAAACAAAUCAAGAGGAUACCAAAUCCUCUCGUGACAUGAAGUUGAUUUUUUUUCAAUUUUAAAUUAACAGUGACAACAAUGUGCACACACACACACCACACUUUGUGGUACAUCUUUGUAUUUGGACAGAAAACUAUGCUCAAUAAUUUAUUUAAGACUAGAAUAAAUAAAAAAGGCCUUUAAAACAUGAGCUAAAAAGAAAGCUGAUGUAAUAGAUUGGGGAUUGAGGUUAUUUAGCGAACAUUAAGCCUGUAUUUAAACAUUCAUGUUGACCCAAAGAACAAAUGCCAACUACUGUGGUGUUUCACAGCGUUGUUGAUCAGCUUUAACUGAAGAUAAGAUCGUAUUAAAAUUAAAACCAGACUAUUUGUUCUA